UCUGCAGAUCAAAGAAAAGAUGGAUCAGCUCGAGGUUGAGCAUGCUGCUUUGCGGGCGUGGAAAGAUGGUACAAUGGAUGAAGUUGACAGGUGGGAGGAAUUGGAGGCGGAGCUGGUGAGAGAGGAGGCGGAGAAGAAGAAGGCCGAGGAUAAGGCAACCAAGCUCGAUAAAGAGGUCACGGAGCUGAAGGCGAAGGUCCGGUCUUUGAAUAUCCAGUACGUCAAAGAAUCGACAGCCAUUCAAUAUGCACUCGAUAAGGAGAAAGCGGAACAUCAGCGGACAAAGAAGAUGCUCGUGGACACGGAACUGGGCAACGAUGACCUGGAGCGCAAGGAAAGGGAACUCUCAACAAGUUAUGCGGAUGCAGAUGCCAAAUAUACCCGCGUGUUGGAAGAGAAAAUCAUUCUGGAGCAAGAGCUUAUAGAGAAGGCCAGUGUCGAAGAGGAGUACCAGCGCUUGAAGGAUGAACUCAGAGAUGCGAACGAGGAAGUCAAUAUGCUGAAGGAAAAGCUCGCCGCUGUUCAGAUGCAUGCAUCGAUAUCUCCGGACAGUGCGUCGACAGCACCCUCUUCUGUGCUUUCCUCAGAUCGGCCAUCUGCAUCCCAAGAUGACCUACUCGAGGCCCACACAUCUGACUUGUCUUCUGUGCCGCAUACACCAGCCAAAGGAGCGAUCUCACCCAUCAGUACGGGAAGCAAGUUCAGAGAUGCCUCGAGAUCCCCGCUCUCGGGACGUCCACAACGCUCAAGCUACCCGACUCCACAACGCGUGGUGUCUCCAUCAUCGGGCCCUGCGACCUCGUCGCUCGCCCGUUCCAGCACCGUUCCAGCACUAUCGACGCCCUCACAUUUGCCGUCGAGAGCUGCUCCUGCUCGUCCCUCUGUCGGUCGUGAUCGCUCGACUGCCAGCACCACUAGCACCGCCGGCGGUGUUCCGUUGACAGCGACUAGAAGCAGAGGUGUACAAAUGGUUUCAGAGAUGAGGCUACGCGUGAAGAAUCUGGAGCAGAAGAUCCAGUCGCGUGUACCACGUUUGCGUAUGGGGAGCAUCAGCAGCAAAUCGAGCAUCGGUAAUGCAGGACCACCAGCGGCAGGGCCAUCAUCCAAGGCUGUCCCCGCAUUUCCCUCAACGCCGCCGAUGUCCCGACGAUCAAGCAGCAAAGAUGCACAUGAUACAUCCCCCAAAUCUAGGAGCCAGAAUAUCAGCGCGGAACGCGAGACCACUCCAGCUGGAGGAAGCUCGCCCUGGGUACAGGUCGACAUCUCGGAUUCACCUAUGCCGUUAAGAGAAACACACAACAGGCGGAUCUCUAAUCCCAAUGCCCCGUCAUCUUUCCGGCCACCGUCGUAUCAGGAAUCUCCAACUGCCAUCCCAAGGGCCUCAAAUGGGUCGCCCAACAGCGGUGUGGCAACAAGUCGCCGCUCUCAAUCUCGCUUAUCGAUCUCAACCGAGGGACGAAGUAGUGUCAGCACGAAUGCCACAACAAGCACAGCGAGCUCUAUUCCUACACCCUUCUCUCGUCCCUCGACACCAACCCUUUUACCGGUCGCAGUGCAUAAUGGUGCUGGGUUCGGACUGAAACGACCCACAGGGCCAGAUUUCGGAGCAUACAGCAAACGCUCGACUUUCGGAGGCAAGUCGCCGGGCAGUCCGCCCUCUAAAUAUGCAGCGCCACGCGCGAACAAGACGAUGAGGCAGAUAUCACAGCUCACACAACCUGGCACGCCAACUCAUACCCGGAUAGGAAAGCCACCGGCGGCACCAGGGAUUCGGAAGAACAAUUCGGAGCCUUCUGCAGAUCCGUUCGGAUUCUUUGGUGGGAGGUCCAGAGAGCAAUCGCGAGCGCGAUCUGGCACUACUCCGAAUGCGCGUAGCAAGGGCGCGUAGUUGCGCGAGGCAUCGAAAUGCCUAUCUUCGCAUGCAGGUUGUUGUUCAGCUUUAUCCUUAUCCUUUCUCGUCUGCUUUUGCGAUUGUCCGGUUACCUGUGUUUCGCGUUGGUUUCCCGCUGGCGCGAUCUUCCCCAGCACCUUACUGUCUGCAAGUAUAAUGAACUAACGAACCGUGCCCGGAUGUUGGUACCGCCCCUUCGCCAACGUCUGUGGUUACAUCAUGCUCUCAACAUUCAAUGACGGUUGUAUAUGAUCCUCCUUCCUUUACGAUACAAAUCCAGACCACAAACCCCCCAGAGAAAUUCGUCCAGUCCUUCCUGCUCGAGACCUUGUCGGUUAUCCGAUUCCCCCCUUACUCCUUUGUACUCUUUCUUCGAAUACUCAACUUUGGAAGUUACAUGUUGGCAGGACUUAUAAUACCACUGUCUUUAUAUAGUUCAGAGCGACCCCGAGACCAAGGUCGGCGUUGAGCGA